GGCUGUCUUCCCGGGAGCCGCCAGAACGCGACCGCUGACAGGUUCCGGCUCGCGCUCAGCCGCGGGGUUCUAUUUGGCCGCUGGGCCGUUAAUCCCCGCCCCCCCUGAGAGUUUGCCCAAUCCGGACUCAACCUUCAGGUUCUGCCUCCACGUUUCGCGUAGCCACUUCCGGUCCUACCCCGGAAGUCGCUCAGUGGAGCCAAAUUUGAAGGGACUGAGACGCGGGGGCGCGGCCGAGGAACUGGAUCCGUGGCGGUUUCCUCGGCUCCCUGGGCCCGUGGAGUCCGGGGAUCAUGCCUAUCCGCGCGCUCUGCACCAUCUGCUCCGACUUCUUCGACCACUCGCGCGACGUGGCCGCCAUCCACUGCGGCCACACCUUCCACCUGCAAUGCCUAAUCCAGUGGUUUGAUACAGCGCCGAGUCGGACCUGCCCACAGUGCCGAAUCCAGGUUGGCAGAAGAUCCAUUAUCAAUAAGCUCUUCUUUGACCUUGCCCAGGAGGAGGAGGGUGUCUUAGAUGCAGAAUUCUUAAAGAAUGAACUGGAUAAUGUCAGAGCCCAGCUCUCUCAGAAAGAGAGGGAGAAACGUGACAGCCAGGCCAUCAUCGACACUCUGCGGGACACACUGGAGGAACGCAACGCCACUGUGGAGUCUCUACAGAAGGCCUUGGAUGAAGCUGACAUGCUGUCCUCCACCCUCAAGAAGCAGAUGAAGUUCCUGGAGCAGCAGCAGGAUGAAGCCAAACAAGCACGGGACGAGGCCCGCCGACUUAGGAGCAAAAUGCAGACCAUGGAGCGGAUUGAACUCCUACUCAAGAGCCAGCGGCCCGAGGUGGAGGAGAUGAUCCGAGACAUGGGUGUGGGCCAGUCAGCGGUGGAGCAGCUGGCUGUGUACUGCGUAUCCCUUAAGAAAGAGUAUGAGAAUCUGAAAGAGGCACGGAAGGCCUCAGGCGAGCUAGCUGAGAAGCUGAAGAAGGACUUGUUUUCUUCCAGAAGCAAGUUGCAGACAGUCUACUCUGAACUGGACCAGGCCAAGUUGGAGCUGAGGUCGGCCCAGAAGGACUUACAGAGUGCUGAUAAGGAAAUCAUGAGCCUGAAAAAAAAGCUAAAGAUGCUGCAGGAAACCCUGAACUUGCCACCGGUGGACAGCGAGACUAUGAACCGCCUGGUUUUAGAGAGCCCAGCCCCUGUAGAGAUGCUGAGCCUGAAGCUUCGCCGGCCAGCCUUCAGUGAUGACAUUGACCUCAAUGCCACCUUUGAUGUGGACACCCCCCCAGCCCGGCCCCCUGGCAGUCAGCAUGGCCACGCCAAGAAGCUCUGCCCAGAGAAGGCACACUCUCCCACUCAGGACGUUCCCAAGAAGAUGCCCAAAGGCUCCAAGCAGGAGUCCCAGCUCUCGCUGGGUGGCCAGCACUGUGUGGGAGAACCAGACGAGGAGCUGGCUGGUGCCUUCCCUCUCUUCAUCCGGAAUGCUUUCCUGGGCCAGAAACAACCCAAGAGAGCCAGGGCACAGCCCUGUCACAGCACAGAUGCAGUAAGGACGGGCUUCGAUGGUCUUGGAGGCCGGACAAAAUUCAUCCAGCCCACUGACACAACUGUGAUCCGCCCACUGCCGGUGAAGCCCAAGGCCAAGGCUAAGCAAAAAGUGGGGGCCAGGAAAGCACUUCCUCCCUCGCAGGCUAAGCUAGCCCCCUUCCUGUGGUAGUGAGAACAGUGAGGCCAAUCAGUGGCCAGAUAAGCACCUCCAACUUACAGGCCGAGGACUGGUUCAGCUGGGGAUUUGGGGGGCACAGCCCCUCUCCCAGGACCAGCCUCAAGGGCAGUGGUGGACAAGAUGGGGCUGAGGGAGAGGCCCAGAGGAUGUGCUUUUCCAGCACACAGCUUGCCCACCCCCGCCACAGUGGGCCAGCUGUGGGAGCUGUGGCCAGCUCACUGUUCUUGCCGGCAGGGCUUGCUCCUUGCUGCAGGCUUGACCAUAGCCUUGGCCAGAUGUUGGGCUGCUUCCAAUCCUCCAGACCAGGGUCUUUCGUUGACUGUAUGGACCAAAGUGCCUGAGGCUUUGCAGACCGCCUCCGCCUGCCUGAGCUUCUGCCUGCCUCCGGCGUCCCAUUAGGCGUGGCCAGGGCCAAGCAGAGUGGAGGAUGGCGCGAGAUUUCUAUGUUGAAAAUAAAAAAGAUAGAAUGUUUUCUUCCA